AUGGCGACUGCACGUCUGCCCAUCGCGCAGACCUUGCCGGAAGAUAUUCUGUGCGAGCUAUUCACUGUGUGCGCCAUACUCGACCCUCCUACACGACGUGAUAUCGAUGGACUCCGUCGUUCUACAAGACUCCUAGCCGGCUUACGACCAGACGCGCCAAUGGGGACACUGGCACCGGCUUGGAGUACACUGCCAGUCGAGCGCCUCGAGCGCGACGACGAUGACGUUCCCGCACUGGUGUCAACUGGCGGUCUUGCUGCCGACACAACCACUCUUGGAUGGAUACGCCUGACACAUACGUGUGCGCGAUGGAGAGCUGUCGGGAUAAGGCUGCCACGUCUUUGGGCGGACAUCUUUCCAGUCUUACCCCAUGCGGCCGAUGUCAUUCUCGCACGUUCUCGCGACGCCCCGCUCUCACUAGACAUGGAUCUUACCGGAAGACUCUUCGGGCGCAAGUCAAACCUGCUACCUCCAUUCCUCCACUUAGCUCAACAGCAUAUUGCGCGAGCGCGUAUCCUCACCUUCCCUCGGUAUCUUGGGACGCAAUGGAACCCAAAUCUUCUUCGAGACAUACAGUUGCCCUUUCUUCAAACACUCCGCAUCAGUAUAUCAUACUUGGAAGCCGCACAUCCAGACUUUGCACUGCAUGCGCCGGCUCUGACCCACCUCAUGCUCGACGGCGCCUUUGUACCUUCAUUCGUGGGAACAUCGCUCAAGUACCUCCAGAUUACCCAGAGGGCUAGGGGGUUUGAUGCAGUGUCGCUUUUGGACCUGUUAUUCUGCGUCCCAGUGUUAGAGGAACUCGUAUUGGAACUCUACUACGUGCAAGAAGCAGAAGCUCGCGCAUCAGCCUCGUCAACGCCGUUGAUCGUCUCCCUCGCGAAGCUUUCAUAUGCGCAAAUCACCGGCACGCCAGAUACCCUAACCUUCCUCAACUGUCUCCGCGUCCCACAAACCGCCAGUCUGAGCUUCUUCGUACAGCGUCGGCCCCAUCGCCACGGGUCGAUACUGCCGCUCCUUCAAGUGCUCACUCCUCGCCUACAAGACUUCUCCAUCAACUGCAUGAGCUUCAACCCGGGAUCUUACGUAGACGUUUGUCUCGCGUCGUCUCGUGCUGGAGGCAGCGAGCCCGCACCGCGUACAUUCUUAAGGACCGACUUCAAUGGCGUGACCCGUGAGCUGGGAAGUCUCUCGGCUUAUCUCGCCCAGUUCUUCACGCGAAUGGAACCGUCAAACAUCACAUCAUUUCACGCGGGCUCCUAUACGCUCCGCGACAUCACACAGGAGAGCGACGACCCUUUCCAGUAUGCCAACCUGCUGGAUCAACUCUCCGGGUUGACGACGUUAUCUUUAUCCUGGCUGCCUGCACGCUAUCAGCCAUUUCUCGUUGCCUUGGGGCUAUCUCCCGGCCCUGAUACACUGGAUACCGUCACCGUCUUUUCAGAAGACUCCCUGGCCGCAUACGACAAUCACUUCUACGAGCCGAGGAUCGUACUUUCAGCGGCAGAAAGUGUGAGCCAACGAUGGCAAGACAUAUUGUCGAUGCUCCGCUAUCGUGCGGACAAUGAUAGGCGUCUGAAGCGCUUAGUCCUGAAGGGAUUGCAUGUCACAAAUACAGGCACGGGCUGGACGGAAGCUUGGACAAUGCGACGGGUGGCCGAUUUGGUUGAUCAUGUAGUCGACGAUAGAACUGAGAUAUAA